CAGCUGACGAAGCAGCAGAAGACGCACAAGUCCAUGAAAAAAAGACUUUUUCUCUUCUGUAUGUGUUGGUAGCGACGAGUCAUAAUGUCAAUGAACGCUUAAAAGUUUCUCCGUGUGUUGUUGAGGAUUUCUGCGCUGCUUUCACUUCUCUGUGUUGCUAAUGUGCGUGUUUGAUAGGAUUCGAGCUAUUGCGAGAUGAGUUGAGAGUAUUCACUCUUUCCUCAAUUGUGUGUGUGUGUAUUUUUUUCCAUCGCAUAACCCCAUUGCAUAAUCACGAUAGAACGUGAACUAAAAAAAUGGAGGGCGAGACUCUUUACGGCUCGGAAGACUCGCAAAGCGUCAUGUCUGAAAGAGUUCAGACUUUGGCCAGAAACAUUUACCAGGAGUUUCAGCGUAUGAUUCAAAAGUACGACGAGGAUGUAGUCAAGGAUCUUAUGCCCAACAUUGUCAACAUGCUGGAAUGUCUGGACCUGGCCUACACAGCUAAUCAAGAACAUGAAGUGGAGCUAGAACUUCUUAGGGAAGAUAAUGAACAGUUGGUGACACAGUAUGAGAGAGAAAAGCAGUUACGCAGGACUACAGACUCUAAACUUUUGGAGUUGGAGGAUGUGACUGAAGAAGAAAACAAAGGCUUGCAAGCCAAAGUAGAGAGUCUUGAAUCUAUCGUUAGGAUGUUGGAACUCAAAGCAAAGAACGCCACUGAUCAUGUGUUUCGCCUGGAGGAGAAGGAAAAUGAAAUGAGGAAAGAAUUUACAAAAGUUCAUGACAGAUACACAGAAUUGUUGAAAGUCCACAUGGAUCAUGUGGAAAGAACGAGAGGUUUGUUGGGAACUGAUCGUCUAGAAGGCGCUGGACUAUCGUCCAGACAAUCGGGAAUGCAAUCGUGGAAUCUGAACGUCAAUCUGACACCUCCUCAUCAAAUAAUCAGAUCUACAGGGCCAUUGUCUUUUGGUUUCAUCUCACUGGAAAAUGCCGUCCUGACUCCUGGCAAUUCAAAAUUCUUUUCCAAUCCAGUGGCUGAUUUGGCCAGCAGCAUCAAUACAACGCCAUCCUCGCUUUCUCAACCCAACGCUCUUCAAACCGAAAUGGACAUGCACUCGGAAUUGGAAAUGUCUGGCGACGUCUCUGGAUUCGAACAGAACGGAACAAUGGAUCAGAGAGAUGUUUGGUCCUCGUCAUCGGAGAAGAAGAAUUCGAACGUGCUCAAGAAAUUUGACGAAGCCAUUUCUAGUCCUCACCACGAGGGCAAAAGUCUGAAACGAAAGGAGGAGCGAUCGAGUAACACGCUCUAUCAAGAGCUUAGUUUUCAAGAGUCGUCAAUCCUGGAAGAUUCUAGUGAAAUUACGGGUAACUGGGUUCAUCCGGGCGAGUUUGCUUCGUCAGAUUCCGAGCCGGAAUUGGAAGAUCACGUUGAGGAUGUGGAUGUGAGGAGGAAGAAAGUCACGGAUAAUUUUUAUGGCAUGGGCAAAGAAGUGGAGAACCUCAUUUCAGAGAACAACGAGCUUUUGGCAACCAAGAACGCGCUCAAUAUUGUUAAAGAUGAUCUGAUAGCCAAAGUGGACGAACUCUCGAGCGAGCAAGAAAUCCUUCGCGAUGAAAUCCGAUCGCUGCAUUCGAUGCGGACCCGUUUGAGAUUGCGGACGGACGAGCUGGAAGCCGAGGUGAAGGCUCUCCGGGAGGAAAUUGAAAACGCUCGCAAAGCGGCCAAAUCGGAAGAAGAAGAGGAUGUGCCACUGUCGCAACGGAAGCGUUUCACCCGCGUCGAAAUGGCCCGUGUACUUAUGGAGCGUAACCAGUACAAGGAACGCUGGAUGGAGCUCCAGGAAGCGGUUCGCUGGACCGAGAUGUUGCGCGCCCAGAAAGCCGCAGGACAACAGGAAGAGACGGACAAGCGUCAAAAACAGUCGGUCUGGAAAUUUUUCAGCAACUUGUUCAACGCCGGCAACGAACGUGAGCUCGGCCAGCACCCAACAACUCUACUAAGGCAAUCUCAAACUGUUCCGUCGCUUCAGUUUCACGCCCAAAGCGGCAAAGUUGGUCCCGGUUCGCCAGUUCGUUUUGGCAGCGAUCCAGCCCGACCACCCAGGCGCAAGGAUAACGUGUUGAACAGUGACCGGCCGGAUGCUCCGGGAGUUAGGGCUCACGUCCGCCGUCAAGACGGGCGCCUUCAAGCCUACGGUUGGUCUUUACCAUCACGUCAACCCGUGCCCCCUGCUAUCGGAUCGGCUCCAAUGGCUUCCGGAACACCUCCGGCGACACCUCCCAAAGGAGUGUCCAUCGCAUCGACCACCGUCGGCGUUCCUGUGCCCGUCUACUGUCGUCCUUUGGAGGAUCAAGAGCCGGGAAUGAAGAUUUGGUGCGCUGCUGGCAUUGAUUUAACCGGCGGCCAGACCAAAGACGGUGGCUCGAUGGUCGGCUCCAGCGUCUUUUACAACCCGCUUCCGGGUGAUUCCGGCCCAACAGCGUUGCAUAUUGGCGAUGAAAUUUCAGACGAUGCCAACAAAUCGGACGCCAUUCAAACGCUGGCGGCCGAACUGGCCGAGAGCCAAUGGGAACGUGAAGAUGCCGAAAUGUGGGAGAGGCGCUUGUCCAGUUUGGUCUGGAUCAUCAAUUCGGCCACUGGUGAAUCUUGUAAAUCUCGAGUCAACGUCAUUGAUUCCAAUCGGCCCGGUGACGUCAUCCUGACUUUCGACAUUCACGCCGCCAACGUUCUCUGCAUCGCCACCGUUGCCGGAGUGAAAGACAACGACUUUGGGCCUCCGAAGGAAACGGUGCCACCGACGUCGUCGACGGACGCCAAAGGAGCAGACGACGACGAUGACGACAACAACAUCAUUGGCGACGAAGAACCGACUUCGAUGCGCAGCGACGGCGAUGGAUCAUCAUCGAAAGGUGACGCCAUUAUUGGUAGUAUCCGUUUCGUCAGCUGUAGCGUGGCCGGCUCCGACCCGCUUGAUAACCCCAAGGAAAAUGACGAAGUCUUUCAACCCACUUUGUCUAAGCGGAUGGUUUCUGUCGAAGGAGAGGCCGCCAUUUCGGAACCGGAGCAACCCGCUUCCCGGAACCGAACGUUCCGCAACACGUGGAAUAUUCCACCUUGGAGUGACGUGAUUAAAGAUGGACUUUCUGAAUCUAGUGAAAAUUUCGGUCCGGUUUCAACGGCGUUGGCCACCGUCUGGAUGGGAUGCCAAUGCGGCCGUCUGUACAUCCAUUCAGCCGUUCUCCACUGGAAGAAACCGCUGCGUGUCAUCAAAUUACCCGAUGCCGUCCUGGCCAUCAUACAUGUUCGUGGAAGAGUUUUGGCCGCGCUGGCCAACGGUCAAGUGGCCAUCUUUGCCCGCUCGGCAACCGAUGGAGAGUGGGACUUGUCGGCCUAUUGGCUUUUAGAAUUGGCCCCACCCACAGUGGCCGUUCGAUGCCUGACGAGAGUCCACUCGACUGUCUGGGCUGCCUUCCGCAACAAGAUUGCCGUCAUCGAUCCUGAAUCUCUUCGAGUCGAAACUUGUUUCGAAGCUCAUCCACGCAAGGAAAGUCAAAUUCGGCAGCUGUGCUGGGCUGGUGAUGGAGUCUGGAUUUCAAUCCGGCUGGAUUCUUCUAUCCGACUCUUCCAUGCCCACGAUUUCCGUCACCUGCAGGACGUUGAUGUCGAACCCUACGUCUCCAAAAUGCUCGGAACAGGAAAGUUGGGCUUUUCUUUCGUCCGCAUCACGUCGAUGAUGAUUAGCCUGCAGCGGUUGUGGAUGGGCACCGGCAACGGAGUCAUCAUCUCCGUUCCGCUUUCGGAGAGUUCCGGCGCCAGCGGCAAGCCGGUCGUCAUCAAAGACAUUUUGUCUUCGCUCAAUCACAACCAGUCGGCAGCCAUCAACGCUCCAGCCUCAAUGGGCGGGGAAGAGCCAACAUCUCAGCCUCCUUCCAGUGCUUCCGUCUACAGUGACCCGAGGGAUCGAGUGGUGGCCGGUAGUUUCAUUCCUUACUGCUCCAUGGCCCAAGCGCAGCUUUCGUUCCACGGCCAUAAAGAUGCCGUCAAGUUCUUUGUAGCUGUUCCAGGACAAGGUGGAGCCUCAGCCGCGUCUUGCGAAGUUGCCCAGCCGUCCGAACAGGGGUCCACCAUGUCGGCACCGAGUCCUACAUCGAUGCUCGUUUUAUCCGGCGGAGAAGGUUACGUCGACUUCCGUCAAGAGCCGGACGACUUACAGGAAACGGCGAGCCAUUUGAUUGUGUGGCAAGUCGCACUGCCCAUCCAACUACCCGCUACCAGCCGACCCUCUCGCGAGUCCGACUGCUAAAAACUAAAAAAUCCAUAAACUUAGAAAAUUGAAAAAGAAAACAAACAAAAGAUUUGGUUCCAUAUUUGAACUCAAUGGUCGACUGGCGUGUACUCAAAACUGUCAUCCCCCAAAGUCAAAUAAUUGAUAUUCCAAAAUUUAGCUUUAAAUAUAUUAUUCCCUUUUCUUUAUAUUUAAAAAAGAAAACAAAAAUGAAUUGGGUGAUUUUUGCUUUUUAAAUGUCAUUUUGGCCAACUUUUCAUUCCGGUGAGGAGCUUUUUUUUUUGUCCGUUGUCAUGUCCUUAACUGUCGGGUUGGGUUUUAGUGGAAUGUGCCCAAUAUUUCCUCCAUGUGCAAAAGUUUUACACGUUGUUGUAUUUAUGAUUUUUAUGUUUUUUUUUUCUUUUUGUUCUGUUUUUUAUUGUUUUUUCGUUUUUUUUAUUGUGACAUUCGGACUACUGGCGCGGGUUGGUGUUUUGGUUGGUGUCUUGUUUUGCUGGUGUCAUGAUGUGAUGAUGUGGUGGUUCGCGCGCAAAAAUGACGUACGUAUUGAACGACGUGUUCAACCAAAAAAAUUUCAAACACAAAAAAAAAAAUGAAUAGGUCAAGACGAUGAUGAGGAUUACCGCGGACUGUCUCACGGUGAAACGAGCCACAUCAUCGUCUGGCAAGUGCAUUGUUGAGUCAAAAGAUUUAGAGAGUGCCCCUUUUCUUUCCUCUUUUCUCUCUCUUUCGCUUAUUUCCUUCUUUCUAUUUUGACCCUUAAUCAUAAUAAUUGAGUGACUCUUAUAUAUACAUGUAAUAGGCUAAUCAAAUACUGUACUAUUUUCUCCCUCAUUAAUCUGGUCCUUCUUCAUUUCUUGUUCCUAUAUUUACAAUGAUGAGAAAAAAAAAAAUAACAAUAAUGAUACCAAAAAUUAAUUCUAAAACAAAACAAAAAAAAAAUACAAAAUGAAAUGGAUACAUCACCUUUUCUUCUCACCCAUUCCACACGCCCCGCCCCAACUAACACGGAACAUUUUUAGCAAUGGUCAGAAAGAAAAACAUACGUACACAACAUUUGUCCGCUUCUUUUAUCGCUAAUUUCUUUUCCCGUGUCAAAUCCUUUUCCCGCACAUCCUGUUGUGAACGCGCUUUGUAUGACUCGAAACAAUCGCUAAUUUUCACUCUUUUAACACUUUCUCCCUCCAGCGAAAAAAAUCUAAUUGAGACGAGGCUUUUUUUUAACAAGAAAAGAGAAAACUAGUUUCACUUUAUAAACAAACUUUUCCCUUUUUGUUAGUUUUUAUUGAAGCUGUUACGUAACAGUGUGGCUUCGUGUGUUUGUGUGUAUGUACGUGCGUGUGUGAUGAUAAUUAAUUUUUAACUUUCCCCCCCGAAAUGUAAAACCUUCUUUAACCUUAAAAUUUUUUUUUUGGGAUGAGCAGAUAAGAAACUAAACUCGUAUAUAAAAAGCUAUCGAAUACAAUUGAAUCGAUUGGAGGCUAUACGCGAAAAUUUGAACAUUUUUCAUGCCGGAAUUCUUAACUGCAUUUCAUUCUUUUACCGAAAUUAAUCGAAAACACCGUGACGCAUAGUUAACGAUCUGUUAUCCAUCUGUCAAAUCGUAACGUUGAACUCGGUACGAACCUGUGAGUAAACACAAAAACGAAAAGAGCGUGACAACUACUCUAGCGCCAACGGCGAUUGAAACUAGAAACUCGGUAAACAGGAUCCGAUCACGCGAUUUAUUUGACUCAUUCAGGCGAUUUUGAAAAAUAAGAUUUAAAAACCGUAAUAAAAACAUUUUGAAAAAUU